AUGCUGUCUCAAUACGCUCUUUCAGCAGUGGCGCUGCUAGCAUCGCUUGCUCAGCCUGCACUCGCUCAGGUCUCAACCAAAUGCAACCCGAUGAACACGACUUGCCCUGCCGACCCGGCUUUCGGCAUGGACUACAACUUCAACUUCAACUCGACACCAUCGAGCGAUGCAUGGGAGACGACCGUUGGACCUGUAAAGUACACCGCCGAGAACGGUGCCGAAUUUACCAUCAGCAAGCAGGGCGACUCUCCCACGAUUCGGACCAAGUUUUAUUUCUUUUGGGGCCGCACGGAAAUUCACCUAAGGGCGGCCAAAGGCAAGGGCAUCGUGAGCUCGAUGAUGUGGCUCAGCGACACACUGGACGAGAUCGACUGGGAGUUUCUUGGCAUCAAGAACGAUGCCCUGAGCAACUUCUUCGGCAAGGGUGUUGAGGAUUGGCACAACGGCGACGAGCACCCUGUAACGGGAAGCAUCCAUGACGAAUUCCACAACUACACCUGCGUUUGGACCAAAGAGAAGCUCGAGUGGUGGGUGAAUGGAAACAACGUACGGACUCUUCUCCCGAAGGAUGCCAACAACUCCCAAGCCUACCCGCAGACGCCCAUGCGCCUCAGUCUCGGUAUCUGGGCGGGCGGCGACCCCCGCAUGGCCAAGGGGACCCAGGAAUGGGCCGGAGGCGAAACUGACUAUGCUGCCGGUCCUUACACCAUGUACGUCAAGUCGGCGCAGGUGACAGACUACAGCUCUGGAAAGGAGUACUCUUUCGGGGACAAGUCGGGUUCAUGGGAGAGCAUCAAGAUUACCGAGGGCAACUCAACCGUCAAGGAGGCUCUCCUGGCGGAACCAAGCAAGUCCGUCAGCGAGAAGUUCAAUGAGCUCAACCCAACCGCGAAGACCGCCGUGUAUGCCGGAGGCGUCGGCGUCGGCUGCGCUCUCAUCGCCUUUGGUCUUUGGUACUUCAUCCGCCAGCGCAGGCGCGGUGCCGCCGAAUCAAAGCUUGCCGCUCAGAGGGCCGAGAACGAGCGCCUCGAGCUCGAGGGUUUCCACAAGCGCGGUGUCGACCCCGACUCCUUCGCCGGAUCGACGGGCACCGAGUACAACGCCGCAGAAUUCAGCAAAAACGGCAUGGUUCAGGAGAACACGUACAGCGUUCCCGCGACCCAGGAGAAGAAUGUCUGGGACGCCGCCCCCAUGGCUGCUGGCGCGGCUGGUGCCGGAGCCGCGGUCGGCAUGGCCGCGUAUAGCGACUCGCCCAACGGCCGGGGACAAGUGCUGUCUCCGUUGCGGACGCAGAGCCCCGGCAUGCCGCCUUCAGGUCCGCUUCCCAUGGCCCCGAGCCGCAGCGCCUCCCACGGCGGAUACUCCAGGCUUGGGUCGCCCGACGGUCAACACAGCCCUCCGCCCAUGAGCCCGCCCUCUCAGGGCUACAGCGACCAUGGCUUCGGCGGCCAGCAGAGUUAUGGCAACGGUGGCCACGAGGGCGCGAACCAGGGCUACUGGAACAACGGAGGCCCCCAGGGAGGCUUCCGGUAG